AUGGAUUACAAGACAGAGUUACAGAAUGAGUAUGCCAGCUGGAACGACAAAAAAGUAAAAAGAAAGCACAGAGUGAUACAGGUAAAGAACUACACCACAGAGCAGAUAUACCACCAGAUACAGAGCAUAACAGAAAUAGCCACAAAGAAAGUAGAAGCAUACUUAGUAGAGUACAUGAACAGAGAAAACGCAGUCAGCGAGGAUGAAUCCAUCAGUGAAAGCAAUGAAGAGGACGAAGUUUCGGGGCAGGAUGGCCAAGAAGAAGAAGAGAAUCAAGAGGAAGACAACGAUGAGAGUAAUGGCGAAGAUGAAGAAGUAAGUAGUGAAGAAGAUGAAGAAAUGAGUAAUGAACUGGCGAAUGAAGAAGAAGAUUGCACUCAAGACGAAGUAGAAGAUGAGAACUUAGAAGAUGAGGAUGAAGUGAGUGAAGAGAAUUUAGAAGAUGACGUGGAUGUUGAAGAUAUUAACGAUAUCAGCUCUGGCGCAGAGUACAACUCUGAAGAGCUGAACGAUAUUUACAACUAUCUAGAAAACGACGACGAAGCAGCAGAGCUGUUGACAGAAACAGCAGAAGAAACGCUUAGAAAGCUAAGAAAAUAG